AUGGCGGUGCUGUUCAGAACAUUCAGAACAUUCAGGUGCUUCAGAUUUGUCCUGUUUGGCCUCGUCCUCUGCUUGACCGCGCCCACGUUGGGCCCCAGAGGAUUCGCUGCGCCCUUGGACCUCGUCCGAUACCGCGGUGCCGUGGCUCCGCCGCGCUGCACGCCGCGUCGGGCGAUCGAGGUGGCGCGACCGGCGCCCCAGCUGCCAGGCCGAGAGGCACCGCACUGGGCCGUGACGCUCGCCGCCCUGGCCGUUCCCGCAGCGAUGCGCCGAGUGUCUUCGUGCACGGCGCGCGCGGCGGCUCCAGGCGCUCGCUCGAACUCCAGGGCGCAGCUGCUGCGCGGGGUCACAGCGCUGUGGCCGUCGCUGGAUCUCGCGGCACCUGCGGCCUGGGCCGCGGAGGAUUUGGAAGGGCGCUUUGCCGUGGUCACCGGCGCCCAGCGUGGGAUUGGGAAAGGUGUGGCCUUGGGGCUUGGAGAGGCCAGGGCCACGGUUUUCGUGACCGGUCGCAACCAGAGGGUGCUUGAAACAACGGCACAGCUGGUCUCCCGUGCUGGGGGGCAUGGUGUGCCGGUGCUGUGCGACCACAGUGAUGACGCACAGGUGGCGCGUGCCUUUGAAGAGAUUGCCAAGCAAACCUCAGGGAAGCUGGAUAUCCUGGUGAACAACGCCUUCAAGAGUCCAGCCUCGAAUCCAGAGGUGAAUCAACUCAUGUCCAAAGGCGCCAAGUUCUACGAGCUGCCUCUGUCGGUAUGGGAUGACGUGCAGAACGUGGGAUUGAGAUCGCAUUAUGUCGCCUCAUACUAUGCAGCUCCAAUGCUCCUUGCUGCAGCUCGAGCCGAUCCUCCUAGACGUCCGCUCCUUUGUGCAACCUCUUCCUUUGGUGGCGUGACAUAUCUGUUCACAACUGCAUAUGGAGUGGGCAAGGCAGCAACGGAUCGUCUGAUGCGGGAUCUGCAAGUGGAACUUGGCCCCCUUGGUGUGGAUUGCGUCUCACUCUGGCCCGGCAUCGUUCUGACGGAGGAGGUGCAACGCCGCAUUCGGGAGGAUCCCGCGAUGUUGCAACAAAUGGUGGGCGAGCAAGACCUCGAGAAGGUGGCGGAGAGCCCCUUGCUCACUGGCCGAGUGGUGGCACAACUGGCAGCUCAUGAGAAGUACCGGCAACCGCCCUACGUCACCGCCCCGGGCCUCACGGGGCGCCUCUGCCUCGUCGCCGAGGUCGCGCACGACCUCGCCCUGCGCGACGGAGGCGUGGCCGGCUCCGUGGCGGGGGAGGUCUAUGGUCCCGAUCGAACGCCGGCACCGUCGAUCCGGUCCUUGGGCUUUCUGGGACCCGGUGCCUUGAAGUCCACGCUGCCCGAGUCCUUGCGCUUCCUGGCUGAGCCCGGGGGUGUGCUGGCGAAGGAGGAGGUACGGAUACCGUUGGAGUUUAUGGCCCAGGGGCCGCCAAAGGAGAAGUAG